CAUGCGUAGAUCACAAUUUGGCGCGAAUGGCUGUGUACAUGAAAACAAACUGAUGCCUUGACAGUCAUCAUUCACAUCAAAUAAUGGAUAUAAGGAAUUUCUUUGGCCCAGUCGGGGUAAAGAAAGGCAAAAACACUGGUAAUGAUGAAAAGAAGAAACAUUUGUCAGAGUCCAACAGGAAAGGCUCAAGGAAAACGUCUACAGAAAGAAACUCCAGAAAAGACAGUGGAGACUCCCAUAAAACUGACACAAAAAACAAGAAAAGGAAAAAAGAGAGCACGACUGAAGAGGAGGCUGAUGCCGAGGAUGUUGUACACAAGAAGGGAAAACCGAGAUCCAAGAAAACACAAAGAAUAGAAUCAGACUCGGAUGAGGAGCCAAUUCCAAAGAAAAACAAAAAGAAGAAGGAAGCUGUUGUAUUCAUUGAUGAUUCUGAUGAGGAAACUGAUAGACCCAAGAAGAGAUCAUCAUUAGAUGGCUUUGUGACAGUAACACCACCCAAACCUAAGCAAUCUAGUGCUAAAACUCCUGAGGCAAAGACACCAAUCACUGCCACGGAUUUCUUCGGAAGUAGUUCUGUGCAGAGGAGUGAUCGCAAAAUAGCAGCAGCAAAGAGGAAACAGUCGACUGAGAGAAGAAAUUCCAGUGAUGUAGAGAUGCAUGAUGACGAUGACUUUUCGAAGACUCUGUCCCAGCUUGAUGACGAAGUGAUACCCAAGAAAGUGAAGAAAGAGUCUCCCGAUAAAGUAAAUGGAGAAGGAGACAAGAGUCUGUCAAGCAAGCUGUCAAGUCGUAUGAAGACCUUGGUGGAAGACACUCCAGAAAAACCCAGCAAGAAAUCUACUGUCAUUGUGCCUGACACACCUAAAAGUGGGAAGACUUCUCCACUCAAGAAGCCGUCACCCAAGAAGUCACCAGUCAGAAGCAACAUUGUCUUCACACCAAAGAAGUCCCCAGUGAAAACAGAAAGCAAGAAAACAUCUCCCUCGUCACCUAGUCCUUCAAAGACUUCUCCCAAGUCUGCCACCAGUCCCAAGGAAGGAACUCCCAAGCUGGUGAACCGAGCAAGCUACCGGGCGUACCUCCACCGAGAAGGUCCAUCAGCCCUCGGCUCCAAGGAAAUCCCAGAGGGAGCUGAUAACUGUCUGGAGGGCCUGACAUUUGUCAUUACCGGAGUACUGGAGUCACUGGAACGGGAUGACGCCAAGAGUCUUGUAGAGAAGUAUGGCGGCAAGGUCACUGGUUCUAUAAGCAAGAAAACCAGCUACAUUGUAGUUGGGAGGGAUGCUGGAGAGAGCAAACUAAAUAAGGCGAAUCAGUUCAAGACACAUCAGCUUGACGAGGAUGGUCUCCUGGAUCUGGUUCGAAAGAUGCCUGGAAAAAAGUCCAAGUACCUGGUGAAAGCAGAAGAAGAUGCCAAGAAGGAAAAACUAGAAAAACAAAAACUGGAGAAGAGAAAAUCAGAAGAAAACAACAAUGUUCCACAUAAAAAAGAAAAACAUUCUGAGGAAUUAAGCAAAAAAUCUUCAAAACCAUCACCAUCCAAAUCUGACCAAUCAGGAGAGUCGUUACUGUGGGUGGACAAAUACAAACCAACCAGUAUCAGGCAGGUCAUUGGUCAACAAGGAGACAAGAGCAAUGCCAAGAAGCUUCUCGGUUGGCUGCGGCAGUGGCAUCAUAACAGAGCCAGUGGAACCAAGCCGCAAGGUAAAUUCUUUGGGAAAGAUGAUGGGUCUGGUUUCAGGGCAGCUCUUCUCUCUGGGCCCCCGGGUGUUGGGAAGACCACGACGGCAACACUUGUAUGUCAGGAACUUAGGUUCUCCUAUAUUGAGCUGAAUGCAUCAGACACUCGGUCAAAAAAAAGCUUGAAGGAAUUUGUGGCAGAGGCACUGAACAACACAACACUGGUGGACUUCAUGGGUCCGUCCAGGGCUGACACAGGAGGCCACAAGCACUGCAUCAUCAUGGACGAGGUGGAUGGCAUGGCUGGUAACCAGGACCGGGGUGGCAUCCAGGAAAUGGUACAGCUGAUCAAACAGACAAAGAUUCCGGUCAUCUGCAUCUGUAACGACCGUAACCACCAGAAGAUGCGCACACUGUCCAACUACUGCUUCGUUCGCUUCUAUAAACCCAGGGUGGAGCAGAUCAAGGGAGCCAUGAUGUCCAUGAUCUACAAAGAGGGGUUGAAGAUCGCUCCACCUGUUCUUAACGAGAUCAUCUUGGGAGCCAAUCAGGAUGUCCGACAGGUGAUCCAUAACCUGUGUAUGUGGACGGCCACAGACAAGACACUCACCUAUGAACAGGCCAAGAAAGACGCCAAGAAUGCAGAGAAGGACUACAAGCUGAGUCCAUUUGAUGUGUGUCGGAAGGUGUUUGUUGGAGGAGAGGAGACGGCCAAGAUGACGAUCCACGACAAGUCUGACUUGUUCUUCAAUGACUACUCCUUCACACCACUGUUUGUGCAGGAGAACUACACAAGUGUCAUUCCAUAUUCUGCAAGAGGCAACACAUCGCGGCACCUGUCGGCAUUGGCUCGUGCAGCAGACAGUAUCUGUGAUGGAGAUCUAGCCGACAGGAAGAUCAGAUCUUCUCAAAACUGGAACCUGCUCCCAGCACAGGCCAUCUUCUCCAGUGUGAUCCCCGGGGAAGUGAUGCGGGGGCAGCUUACCCCAUGGUGCACAGUUCCCAGUGGCUGGAACCUCGAGGCGAUGAAGGGUCUAAACAUGGAUUACCUGCCGUCUGUGAUCCGACACGUGAUGACCCACCCUCUGGUGCAGCAUGGCGGAGAUGGGGUCAGGGAGGUCAUCGACUUCAUGGAUAACUACGACAUUAUCAAGGAAGACUUUGACAACAUACUGGAAAUAACGAAGUGGCCAAACAGUUCCGAUCCCCUCAGUAAACUGGAUACCAAGACAAAGGCAGCUUUCACUAGGACCUACAACAAGGAGUCUCAUGUGGAAUAGCCUUAUGCCACGGGGGUCAUGUCUAAAAAGAGGCGUGGUCGAGCCCCUAUUGCGGAAGAGGAUGACCUCAUGGAUGGUGAGGACAGGGCAGCGAUGGCAGUCAGCUCCGAUGAGGACAAUGACGACUUGGAGGCUGACACCAUGAUCAAGAAGGGGACGUCCAGCAAGACGGCAGGGAAGAAGGGAGGUGAUGCUGCAGGGAAGAAGGGAGGUGAUGCUGCAGGGAAGGGGAAGGCUGGGGGGAAGGGAAAGGCUGGCUCUGGGGGGAAGGGGAAAGGCAAGGGGAAGGGCAAGAGCUGAGGGGUGGACAGGGUAUCCAACCCAAAGCCCUUUAUCCACAAGGGGGAAAAUACCUACAUUUGCUACAAAAAUUGUGAAUGAUUCAUGUCAUUAUUGAUAAUUCAGUCAUGGAUUGGAAUAUGUUUGAUACACUGAUGGUGUUGGCCAUUCUAUGGAGCUUGAUUAAGUACGGACAAUCAGUGUGGGUAGAGGCUCCAUGUUGUUUACUUAGGAGCAGUACCGUGUGAAGUACUGACAGUGUAACAUGACUGGUUAGGACAGUACAGUAUGUACACAUUUGCUGUGGACUCCCAUGCAGUUGUAGCAGGAUUGUACUCCUCUAGUGCAUGA